UAAUAUUCUAUUUUUAGUGUGAUCGAGGAUCUUUACCUCAUCCAAUGUUUAUCUGAUAAAGCUGAGUUGUCUUUGGAUUCACUGUAGCUGCUGCCUAGUGAUAUAGUUAUCAUGGAGGACAUGGAUGAUAUGGGCAUGAUGAUGAACUGCUCCAACAUGUCUAUGGGUGGCAUGAGGAUGCAGUUUUACUUUGGUUUGCUACCAGAGGGCCUUCUCUUCACCACCUGGACCAUCACGACUGCAUGGGAUAUGGUUGGGAGCAUUAUAGCCAUUCUUGCAUUGGCUUUAGCUUAUGAGGGACUUAAAAGUGUGAGAGAGUUUUUGAUGGUACACGAUCAGAAAAUAAGACAGAGGAAUAAAAAGACUCAGUGCACCAAUGUGCAGACACUCAAUGAGAAGGGUCCACUGAUAUGCAAGGAGAAGCAAUCUCCGCCAUGGAUGGUGUCUGUCAAAACGAUUGCUCGUGAGUACAUCAACAUGUUCCACAUACUGCAAUCGAUCCUACACGUGAUACAAGUUGGACUGGGCUAUCUUCUGAUGCUGAUAGCCAUGUCCUACAAUGGAUACCUGUUCUUGGCCGUGGUAUUUGGGGCAGGACUCGGGUACUUUAUAUUCGCUGUGUUCAGAAAAAAAUCAUCACCAACUGCAAAGACUUUUGAAGAGGAUAAUGAACACUGUAACACUUAAUAUUGAGAAUUAUUACAAGCCCUGUUUGUAUGUAGAUUGUCGUAUUUCUUGUAAGUAUAAUUUUUUGAUUUUGGUAUCCUAUUGUAAAUUUACACACACAGUAUAAUUAUUAUCGCAGUUG